CAGUGCGACGAUGCCACGAGGAAGCUUUCUUCAACAUGUGAAUUCAGAUUGUAUCUCAUCCAUGCCAAACUCGGGCGAGAUGACUACCAGCUCCGAUUUUACCAUGUCAUCGCAAGCUAUGAACGCCGGGUUCGGAUGCGAGUACAAAUACUAUUCCACCACACUGGACAGUCUACCUGUGAGCUUUUCGGAGCUCGAUUUGACGAGCUCUGGUGUAAUCCCUGGAAUCGACCUACCAUUACUGGUCAGCCGAGGGGUAUUGCAGUCAAACGAAGAUUCUUCCGAAGGUGCUUUCGCAGAUUUCGCCCUCGUCUUCACCGGCGCUCUCGAGAUCACAACGGCUGGUCUAUACAAUUUUUACACGGCUUCUAAUGACGGAUCUAAGCUAUACCUGAACGAUGAGCUUAUAGUUGAUAACGACGGCAAGCACUACGUGGUGGAAAAACAGGGUAACAUCGAACUUUGUACUGGAUUCCACGCCUUUAGAUUAGAAUACUUCCACACGUGUGGAAAGCUCCUGGAAGGGAUUCGUGAAGGUGCAUAUUUGAGCUUCCAAUAUUCGUUUAAAGGCACCAGCUGGUAUGGAACCGACGCGAUCCGUAAACAGGAGAUACCGCUGACAAGACUACGGCUUCCGCGAUUAAUUGACAUCAAUGAAGAUCUAUCGAAAUCUAAGACGUCUCGAAGUCGUGCCACGAGUAGCGCAAUGUCUGGGCUGAGCUCGAGCGAGAAGAUGCCAGCGUUGGACAUGGCAACUCUAGACGCCGAGGAGAAAUGGAGACACUACGAGGGGGUAAUUGAGAAACUGACUAUAGAAAGAGACGAAUAUGCCAAGCGUGUAACGGAGCUGAAGGAUGCAAAAGCACGCAUGAAAGAGCAACACAAAAAAGAUCUCACUGACAUCCGAGCCACGCACCUUGCCGAUACCGAGUAUCUGAAACAGCAUUUAUUCAUCUCCAUGGUGGCUAGUCAUAAGCAAAACAUCGCCGCAACGAAUGCGACGGUGGGCGCUCUGCCAGCAGGUGCUAAUGUAUCAGCGCAAGAUUUGUUCGAGUUGGCAGAAAAGUAUGGGGUAUCGGCUAACAAAUGGGAGAGAUUCAUAUUGGAUGCGCUACACAAGGGGACAGCACAAUGCGAACGCGAUCUUCAAGAUGACGAACAAAUCUUAACUUUUACUGAUGGCUUCACCAAGAGUGCUAAGAUAACUGGCAGUAGUACAUCGCAGAGUUUAGAGGUUUGCGCCUUGUAGAUUCAGUACCUAAUGCGGCCUAUUGAUAACUCAUUUGUUAAAAUACAGCCAUUCGGAAAGUAUACAACCCCGAAGAGGAAGGAGAAAGUUGGCAAUACAGCAUGAUCAUCGAAUAUAUUGGUCCGCGACCAUCUCGCCAUAUGAGAGAUAUAGAUCCUACAGUGUGAUUCUCAGGGUCUGAAAAUUUUUUAGUAAUUACAUGUGCUGAGGAGUACCUGAAUAUUUUAUUUACUGGUUGACUCGUAACCAAGUACGACUUAUGAAAAGCUGUUUAUUAGUGCUGUCGAGAAAUUCGCCUUUGUAGAGGUAGAGUGAAUCUUUCACGGAUGCUUAACAGCCUCCUGACAGGCGCGAUUAAUAUAAGAAAGCUGAAGUAGUACGACCUUUGAUAAUUGAAUAUUGAAACGGCCAUCGGAAGCAGGCAGCAUGCAACAGGCCAGAUCAGACAUGUCAAUCAAACGUAAAUACACGUCGCUUAAGAAAACUCAUAAAAAGUCGCUUAUAUCAUCUAUACGACGAAGAGAUUCUAGAUUGUCAACAGUCAUUGAAUGCUGCUAUCCAUUCAGUGCUUGUAUCCAAUAGUUACGAGCAUAAGAUGAUAUCAUGAAUUAUCUCACCGCUGACUCGCUAUUUCCUUGUUUAAAUCCGACAGUAGGCAAUCCAUUUGUUCCACCAUUCUGCGGUUGUUUAGUUUCGUGGACAUUGAC